GUAUAAUGUCGUUUCUAUGGCGACAAGGCUAUCGGUUUCGUCAUGAGCACCUGGACUUUAGAUCGUGUUCUCAGGUCUGAUCCAGGAAGUCACCUGCCUCCGUACGGAUGACACACGAUGGCUAAGUUUCUGUCUCAGACUCAGAUUAACGAAUUUAAAGAAUGUUUCUCGCUCUACGAUAAAAAGCGCAAAGGGAAAAUCGAAGCCAAGGAUCUGAUCACUGUGAUGCGGUCUUUAGGAACAAGUCCCACUUUCGGCGAAGUGGACCGACAUCUACAGGUCCAUAAAAUAGAAAAAAUGGGCGAGUUGGACUUCUCUACCUUCCUGACCAUCAUGCACAGACAGAUGCAGCAGGAAGACCCCAAGACGGAGAUCCUGGAGGCCAUGCGCAUGACGGACAAGCAGAAGAAGGGCUACAUCCUGGCGUCGGAGCUCCGCGCCAAGCUCACAGGAUUGGGAGAGAAGCUCACUGAUAAAGAAGUCGACGAGCUGUUUAAGGAGGCGAACGUCGGCCCCGACGGCAGGAUUCACUACGAGGAGUUUACCAGGAUGGUCACUCUGCCUCCGGCCGACUACUGAAGCACCAAACAGGAAGUGCCUGGAGUCAUCAGUGCGAAGUUGUGCGUCAGUCAGUUAACUUGCUUUAAUUGACUUUUCUAAUAAAUGAACAGUAAUUUAAAAAAAAUAUAUAUAUAUAUACAUAUAUAUAUAUAAAAAGGUAAUAUUUGAUAUUAAUAAAAAAAAUUAAUAAAU